UAUGUGCAAUUUUAAUGGAACUAUAAACGUAAGUGACGAUAUUACGGUAAGAAUACUUAAUUAGAGAAUUACUUGUCCUGAAUUCUUGACACUUUCAUCUUUCCCUUGCAUCUGCUUCAUUUAAACAAAGAAUAUAGCACUAUAUUUGUCAUAUUUACUUUAAGUAAGGGAUGUUAAACAUUUUAGAUAAAUAUAACUCAAAAUUGUCACUUUUCCAAAUCGUAAUCCUACAAAAUCAUUUCUCUAAUUUCGCUAUUGAUUUAAAAAUUAUCACUAUAAAAACUAUAAACUCUUAAUUUAAGAUUUUACAGGAAAAAAAAAAAUUGUUCUUUACAUCCCAAUUAACCGAAACUAUUUUCAGUCGGUAAUGCAUGCUAUCGCUUUGCUUUUGGCUUGAUACGACGAACACCGGUGGAUCCUCUCCUCGCAGGUACGAUCCUCUCCGUUCACCAGAGGCUCUAGCAGCUCGUAGCCACGGAUCUUUGACCAGUUUCUCGCCUCCUCCCUUACUCGUGUGCUCGCGUUCACACUCUGAUCGCCAUCCCUGUGGCCGGUUCCUCGUCCAACGAAAAACGAGUAGGUGAAGUAGGAGGAAAUAGAGUAGUAGUAGGAGGAUUCCACCUCCACGACGACCGGCAAAUCCUGCGGGACGGCUCGACGGACACCUGUAACCACGCAGACUCCCUGCAGCACGGGACGGUGCGAAGGAACUUCCCCGAUAGGGAACUCAUAUUGGUCACAGAUCAUUCAGGAUACCGCGCGUUGACGUCCGGUCUGCUGCCUCGAUUGAUCAUCCACCACGAUCAAUCGUCGUGUGACAGUGGAUGUGCCCGGGAUAAUUCCAUUUUACUACUUGUCGACUAGUUUCUCCAAUAUAUUUUAGCAAGUCAAUGUAUAUAUGUAUGUAUAUAUAUAUAUAUAUGUAUAUAUCGUGCACGAUAUGUUUUCAUCGAUGAGGAACUCUCGGUUGAAAAAUUGACGAUAAUUGGCGAUGCAGGAGGAAUUCGCGUGUGUGAUUUCUAAGGCUACUUUAUCGUCCUGUCGGCAACUGUAAUUAUUGAAAGAGUGUAUAUCUUUCGAUAUAAAAUUUAUAUAUUCUUCUCUUCGUAAAAGCUGCUUGCGGUAUCCUUGGUUGUGUCCACUUUCAACGAGUUUUUUGAUUAAUUGUUUUUCAUUUUUCUUUUUUUUUUCUUUAUUCUUUUAUUCUUUGAUUUUAGAAUUUUAUUGUUUGUUUUGAGAAGAAGAAUAAUCUGAAAAUAAUAAAGUUUGGUUUUUAUAUGUAUUGGGAAAAGUAGUGUGAAUAUUUUAUAAUAGAAUUGAUCGAUGAUGGAUAUAUCAAAGGUACCGCGAUUGUACGUGAAACGAUCGACCGAUCAUCGAGAGAAACACAGUGGUGGACCCUGAAGAAAACGUGAUCGUAUCGCGUGUGAAGAUAGAGAGUCUUGAACAUUCAUGAAACAAAAGUUUUUAUGCGUCAACGACGAGGAAGAAUGCCGAUCUUCUAGAAUGUAAAGUGACAUGAAGAUGACGAUAAUAAAGAGAAGCAGUGCUAAAGCUUGGCUGCUCUUGCUGCUGUUGCUGAUUCACGAUGGCAGGUGCAUCAAGUGGCUAGCUCUUGGCCGUACCGAAGAUGGGUAUACAUGGACAAGGGAGGCUUGCACAAAUGCGAAAAACUCAGGGCUUUUGGAGAGAAAGCAGGCAAGAGCGUGCAGAGCCACGCCAGAUGUGAUGCCGAGUUUGGUACAAGCGGCGAGGGAUACUUCAACAGUAUGUCAGCAAACAUUUCGACACCGUAGAUGGAAUUGUAGUAGCAUCGAGCGUGCACCAGAUUAUACGCCUGAAUUACUUACUGGAACCAGGGAACAAGCAUUCGUAUAUGCAAUGUCAGCAGCAGCUGCAGUUUGGAGGUUAGCGAGAGGAUGCGCUCUGGGCAGUCUUGCAGCAUGUUCCUGUGCCACACCACCACGAAGGGAGCCUCCAUCACCUUCUGCCUUGAUCUCACCUUCAUCUUUCACUGCGACAUCUGUCUCUUUUGGAACAUUGUCUGCCAGAAACUCUUUCAAAUGGGGCGGUUGCGGCGAUGACGUUAGAUCGGCGUCCAGAAUGGCCAAGAGGUUUCUCCAAGGCGCAACGCCUCCAGGCACAGGUGCAACCGCGAAGUUUAUGCACGCUGUUAACAUGCACAACAACCGAGCGGGUCGAAGGGCAGUGGAACAAUCCUUGACCCUUGAAUGUAAGUGUCAUGGAGUGUCUGGAUCAUGCAGUGUACGUACCUGUUGGAGAGGGCUUGGUUCUUCAGGGCCGGCAGCAGCAGGAAGUCGUUUGCUUCGAAGAUAUGCAACUGCAGCAGAAGUACGACCAAGAUCAGGAGGCAGAUUGCCACCCUUGUAUCAUCACGAUAAUCUAUUAUAUACCACUAAAAGUCCAGACUAUUGUCUUCCCGACAAGAAGAGAGGAAGUCUUGGAACUGUUGGCAGACAAUGUAACGGCAGCAGUACCGGAUACGAAGGUUGCGAGUAUCUUUGUUGCAGUCGGGGACAUGUGACGAGAACGGAAGAGGUUUUAGAGAGAUGCGAUUGCAAAUAUAUCAGUUGCUGUUACGUAAAGUGUAAAACGUGCAGAAAAGUUAUGAAAACGUACGAAUGCAAAUAAAUAAACGGGGAUUCGUAGAAAUUUUAGAAUAAAAAAAUUGAUCGUCGAAUCGACAAAAAUUCAUUUCCAUCGCUUUUCACCGCAUAUGGUAUUCCCCGUAAACGAUAAAAUUGUCCAUUGCGUUUAACGAGUAAUACUUAUUUAUAUAUGGCGCAAUUAAUUGUCGUGAUAAUUUAAAACGAUUAAAAAAUAUUACCAGUUGGAACGCGUAUUUGUAGUUAUUUUUAGAGAUCGUCGAUAUUAUAUAGGGGGGAGAGGGGGAAACGUUGAUGCAAACAGAUAAAUUAUAUAAUUACUUAAAAUGAAUCAUCAAUGAUGAAAAAGUUGAAUUAAAAAAAGAAAAAAAAAAUACGUUAUAUUAAAGAUAAAAGAACUUAAUAAAAAAUUCUUAUUUAUCUCAAUUAUUUAUUAAAAUUAAUAAAUCUUCGAUAAAAAUAUAAUAUAGUGUUGUCAACAUUUUUCAAAAUAUUGAAAAGAUAUAGAUAUCAGAUCAAAAAUGAUUACAUUGAUUAUAUUUGAUAACAAAAUAAUGAUAAGAACAAAGGACAACACUGUUAGAUAUAUUGCCCUCUUUAGUUUAAUUAUCCUAUCUAACAUUUUUUAC